AUGGCUGCUCGCGGGUCCAUGUAUCGAGGCGUGUGGCUGUUCCUCUUGAGCUCUGCAGCCCUCGCCCUUCGCUACGAUCCACAGCAAGUGCUGUAUAAUCUUAAUACUAAUGAAACCGCCACGGAUCCCCUCGACUAUUGGGGGAUAUGGGAGAACCAUACCUUCAACCCGUCGCCCUCCAACUGGCGAAUGCCCAUGUACACCCUCAUGCUAGAUCGCUUUGCCAACGGAGAUCCCACCAAUGACGACGCCAACGGCACACAGUACGAGCACGAUCUUACCCAGACUCAGUUGCGCCAUGGAGGAGAUAUAUCCGGGCUGAAGGAUAGUCUUGAUUAUCUACAAGGAAUGGGUAUAAGGUCUCUGUACAUUGCCGGCAGUCCACAUAUCAAUCAGCCAUGGGAAUCCGAUGGCUACAGUCCCCUAGACUUGACAGUUCUCGAUCAUCAUUUCGGCACCAUCCAGCAGUGGCAAGACGCUAUUGCCGAAAUCCAUUCGCGCGGCAUGUACGUGGUUAUGGACAACACCAUGUCUACUUUGGGCGAUCUCAUCGGCUUCGAAGGCUACCUCAAUAUUUCCACCCCCUUCGAUCGAUUCGAACACAACGCGCUAUGGAAGUCGGAGCGAAGGUACAACGAUUUCGAUUUUGGGAACAAUGAGUUAAAUACCUGCGAAUACCCAAGGUUCUAUGGGGACGAUGGCCAUGAAGUCUUGAACUUGACGCAAGAGCUGGUGGGAUGCCGCGACAGUGAAUUCGACCAGUACGGCGAGAUUGGAGCCUUCGGCAAUUAUCCGGAAUGGCAACGCCAAAUAUCAAAGUUCGCCUACGUUCAGGACCGCUUGCGCGAGUGGCGACCGGACGUACGGGCGAAGAUUGAGCACUUUGCAUGUAUCACUCUGGGCAUGUUGGAUCUAGACGGUUAUCGUAUGGACAAAGGCCUCAUGCUAACGCUUGAUGCCGUGGGCAACUGGUCAAGCGCAAUGCGAACGUGUGCGAAAGCACUCGGAAAAGAGAAUUUCUACAUAUCCGGCGAAGUUGUUGCAGGGAACGCCUUUGGGGCGGACUACAUUGGUCGAGGCAGGACGCCUGAUAAUUACGUGCACAAUGUCACCCAAGCUGUGACAAUGACCAAUGCUUCUGAGAACGACAAAUACUUUAUUCGUGAUGUAGGUCAGAACGCCUUUGAUGGCGCAGCUUUCCAUUAUACGGUCUACCGCUUCUUGAGUCGAAUAUUAGGUAUGGAUGGUAGCUUUGAAGCCCAAGGGGACCCACCUGUGGAUUGGGCCUCUUUUUGGAAAUCCCUUUUACAGACAAACGAUAUGCAGAAUGCAUACACUGGGGAAUUUGACCCAAGGCACAUGUUCGGAGUCACUAAUCAGGAUGUGUUCCGCUGGCCAGGCAUCGGGGGCGGUACACAGAAACAGUUGCUGGGCUUCUACAUGACCACGUUACUCCUGCCUGGAAUUCCGACUUUGUACUGGGGCGAAGAGCAAAAUUUCUACGUCCUGGACAGCACGGCAUCCAACUAUGUCUUUGGAAGGUCUCCAAUGACUUCAGCACAAGCAUGGAUGAUGCACGGUUGUUACAAAGUUGGAAACUCGAAGUAUUAUGACUUCCCCUCGGAUGCCAUUAUCUACGGAUGCGAAGAUAAUACUAUCCCCUUAGACCAUCGAGAUCCUUCCGCUGCGAUUCGAAAUAUUAUCAAGGCUACCUAUCAGAUGCGGGAGAAUUAUCCCAUACUCAAUGAUGGUUUCUAUCUCGCUCAGCUCUCGAAGCAGACUCAUGACGUUUAUCUACCAGGAAGCCAAGGACCUGGGCCCAAGAGAACUCCGACGGAGAUAGGUUUAUGGAGCUUCGAACGAGGGAACUUUAAAGGUCUUCAAAAUAUGACUCAAACGGCCUGGCUAGUGUACAUGAACGAGCAAAUCAAUACAACCUACACCUUCAACUGCGUCGAUCCGAGCUCCGCCCUGCUGGCACCUUUUGAGAUGGGGACGACCGUCAAAAAUCUGUAUUACCCUUAUGAGGAAUACACACUGGAGAAUUCUACCGCCCAUAUUGGCAACGAUACCACUCAACCAUUCGCCGGCUGCCUUUCCCAGGUCAGCUUGACACCCUGGGGCUUCAAAGCAUUGAUCCCAAAGGAUGAGUUCAUAGUUCCUGGACCUGUCAUCACCAGGUUUCUUCCAGGGCACGACUAUCGUAUGACCUCUGCGGACACCGUCCCAUUCGAGAUUCAUUUCUCGCAGCCAAUGGAUUGCGAUCAAAUCACCAACACCAUUCAGAUCAACUCCACCACUGAGAAUGGUGACGUGCCACAAGUAGACACGAGCAAAGUGCAGUGCCGCAAUAUAUCCGCCGUGGAGGCAGAUCAUUCUCCAUGGUGUGGGGGUGUAGAUACGACUUUUAUUUACGCUGCCAGCCUGGUCAAUGUGUCUGACGGAAUACAUCAAAUCAGUGUCAAUAACGUCACUAACGCUAAUGGAACCGUGUCUACAGGGAGUUUCGAUCAUUUCUUGCUACGUAUUGGUCAGGAGGACAAUCCAAUGGUCUUCGUUGGUUCCGCGAAUUACAGUUCGAGCUUGCUCUCGGCGAAUAGCAAGAACAAUUACACCAUUUCGCACAAAGCUGCUGGCGCGGAUCAAUUCCGUUACUCUCUGAACUUUGGUACGACAUAUAGCGACUGGCAGCCGUAUGGAAACGGCGGAAACACCACUAUCGGCCCAAAAGUCUGGUCAGGGACGAAGCUCCAGGAGUGGAUCGGGGAGCAUGUCAUUGUCCAGUACUGGAGUCGUUUGGCUGGUAGCAGUGAUCAUUGGCAAGAGGGCGAUACCGACCAACCCUCAAAUACCACGCGGCGCUUCCCUCACUUGUUCGUGCACGGCACAUUCAAUCAGUAUGGCUAUGACGCAGGCCUUCCUAAUGAAAUGACGCAAGACAAAGAUGGUCUCUGGAGAUUCAACUUCAUGGCUGAAUGGCCUUCAAAUGUAUCACUCAACGCAUGGGGAAUGAAUCCAGACGGCCAGCCAGACCAAACUAGGAACUACGGUGAUAUUGAUGGAGACUUUAUACUGGAUCGAAUCCCUCCACUCUCGCUCAUUCAAAACCAAAUCAACAUAACUGAGGCUCCACCAUCACCGUAUCUAGUCAACCAAAUCGUACUCAACGACGGCAGUAUGCGAUAUGAACUUGUGGGUGUAGGUAAUCGGUGGUCACAGCUGGCUCUCUACAUCUUGCUUUGGAUCAUUCCAAUUCUCACCGGAGCGACUGGUGUCUAUGUUUUCAUCAAGUCCUUCUACCGCGUCAAGUUCAACGAGAUAGGUGUUAUGGAAGAAAAGAGUAUGGUUCCGUUGGCCGUUCGACGCAAGUUCAAACCCUUGGUAAAUUUGAAACUCGGAAGAUCGAAUCAAUAUGUCGAGCAGCCUCAAUCCGCUUCCGCCAUGGUCUCAAGAGAAAUCCUUCCCAUGCCCAGCACACCCGGCCAGGUUCAGGCUCCGCCAGUGUUCCCCACCGAUGAAAAUAGGCGAACCGUUCUCAUCGCGACCAUGGAGUAUGACAUCGAAGACUGGGGUCUCAAGGUCAAAAUUGGAGGCCUCGGUGUCAUGGCGCAGUUGAUGGGGAAGAACCUCGCUCAUCAAAAUCUCAUAUGGGUUGUGCCGUGCGUUGGUGGUCUUGAGUUUCCAGUUGACACCGUGGGAGAUCCUAUCAUCAUUCACAUUCUAGGAACCGCAUACGAAGUUCAGGUCCAAUACCACGUUCUCCGCAACAUCACAUACGUCCUCCUUGAUGCCCCCAUUUUCCGACAACAGACGAAAUCAGAGCCGUAUCCACCUCGUAUGGACGAUUUAGACAGCGCUGUUUACUACUCGGCUUGGAAUUCUUGCAUUGCUGAAACGAUUCGACGGUUUCCGAUCGAUCUGUAUCAUAUUAACGACUACCACGGAGCAGUAGCGCCGUUACAUUUAUUGCCUGAGGUCAUUCCUUGUGUGCUUUCAUUACACAACGCAGAAUUCCAAGGGUUGUGGCCCAUGCGGAACCAAGCUGAACGCGAAGAGGUGUGCGCAGUGUACGAUCUUGAUCCGGCUGUCGUGCAAAAAUACGUCCAAUUCGGAGAAGUAUUCAACCUAUUACAUGCGGCAGCCAGUUACCUUCGUGUUCAUCAAAAUGGUUUCGGAGCAGUGGGAGUUUCGGCCAAGUACGGGAAGCGCUCUUUUGCCCGGUACCCUAUCCUCUGGGGUAUUAAGGAAGUUGGGUCUCUUCCUAAUCCUGACCCUACGGAUACUGCCCCAUGGAAUAAGGAACAGGUCAAGACUGACACCAUUGUGAUCGACCAAGAACUUGAGAAUGCCAAGCCAGAUUUGAAACGGCAGGCUCAAGAAUGGGCUGGGCUGAAGCAGGACCCGAGUGCAGAUCUCUUCGUCUUCGUUGGUCGAUGGUCCCAACAGAAAGGUGUCGACUUGAUCGCUGAUUGUUUUCCUUCCGUAAUGGAGAACAACCCCCAAGUGCAACUGAUCUGUGUAGGGCCGGUCAUCGAUUUGUACGGCAAAUUUGCCGCGAUCAAGCUGGCUCGAAUGAUGGAGGUCUACCCAGGACGAGUAUUCUCGAAACCUGAAUUCACGGCUCUACCACCAUACAUUUUCAGUGGGGCUGAUUUCGCGUUGAUGCCAUCUCGAGAUGAACCCUUUGGACUGGUAGCCGUGGAAUUUGGCCGCAAAGGUGCAUUGUGUGUGGGAGCAAGAGUUGGAGGAUUAGGACAGAUGCCUGGCUGGUGGUUUACCAUUGAGUCGACAACGACAAAACAUCUCAUACAGCAAUUCAAGAUCGCUAUCCAAGGUGCUUUGUCAUCAAAACCAGAUGUCCGUGCUAUCAUGAGGGCUCGCGCUGCAAAGCAACGAUUUCCAGUUGCGCAGUGGGUCGAGGAUCUCGAGAAACUCCAAUCUACCGCUAUCGACAUUGUCCACAAGAAAGAAGCGAAGAAUGCUCGACAGAGCCGCUUCAAUACCCCAGGCAACACCACACCGACAAUAUCACGAAAAGCAACACCUGCGCAGUCCCGAAAUCCUUCCAGAGCUCCAAGUCCAACUGGAGGCCGGUCGAGGACCCCAGCGCAGUCUCAAAACGCUAGCCGAAACGUCAGUAGAGCUGGCAGUCCAGUCAGGGCCGAAUCACCUCCUCCAUUGCCUAAUGGGGGUCUUGGCCACAAAUAUGGACCAGGCCACCGGAAAAAGCUGCGUAGGAAGCGCGGUAGCGGUGCUCCGAGCAUCGCCCCUGUGUCUGAAUUUGAAGACGAUUCUAGCGCUGACGAAGAGGUUUCGAGGACACCUCGGCGGUUGUCAAGGAACCGCAUGUCUGAAUACAACCCCCUUCAGAUGAUAACAUCUCAGGUGCCUCUUCCGAAUGCACCUUUUGCUCCCUCUGGUCUCUCUACACCUCAAAGACACUCCAUGAUAGGCACUCCACUGGCCGAAGAUUGGCUUGCCGACUCACCGCGCCUGACCAAGAAUCCUAACAUCUCGUUGUUGAGCUUGCCCGGUGUGAAGGGUGAGGACACUGGCAAAAAGUCCGACUACAACCUGGAGCACGUUAGCCCUUUCUUCACGGAUCCAAAGAAGGAAUACACAGAAGCGUUCGAGGUGAAGCUUGCAAAGCUCAGUGGCAAAACAUCCGAGGACCAGCUGUGUAUUGAAGAAUACCUCGUCAAGAGCGAAAAAGCCUGGUAUGGGAGAAUGCGCAUGGCAGAGAUGGGCAAGUCUCGACAAGGUAGUCCAGCACCCUCGGUGUUCAAAAUGGACCGCCAUCUCUCUGUUUCACCAACUCCCUUCCAACAGUCUCCCGCGGGCUCAAUUUUCGAGGGGAGCAAUUUGGGACCAAAAGAUGAUUUCAGGAGUGAAUCCCGACUGGAUAACCGGGAUUCAAGAGCAGACACCAUAGAUGAGUUUCUUUUGGGAGAGAACUACACCCCGCCUACUGGCCUGAGGCAUUAUCUGCGAGUCCGUUUCCCCUUCUCUGAGUGGCCAAUGUACUCCGUCCUCCUCGCCUUCGGCCAGAUCAUCGCGGCCAACUCUUACCAAAUUACACUUCUUACUGGCACUGUUGGUGAAGCCGCUUCCAAACUCUACGUCAUCGCUUCGAUAUACCUCGUGGCAUCCAUAAUGUGGUGGUUCCUCUACAGGCGAUUGCAAACCGUCUACGUCCUCUCCAUCCCCUUUAUCUUCUAUGGUUUCGCGUUCCUCUUCAUCGGCCUCGCACCAUUCGGCCCCACUGUUGCCGGGAGAGGAUGGAUCCAAAACGUCGCUACGGGCCUUUAUGCCGUUGGAUCCGCUUCUGGCUCUGUCUAUUUCGCUGUCAAUUUCGGAGACGAGGGUGGUGCGCCUGUUACUAGAUGGGUUUACAGGGCAUGCAUCAUUCAGGGCACGCAGCAGAUUUACGUUGUGGCGCUGUGGUACUGGGGCUCCGCUUUGACCAAGUCAUCUGCGCAUGGGGCCACGGGCAGCUCCGCCGCGAUGGCACCUACGAGAGUCAUCAUACCAAUUGGUAUCGUCCUCGCGUUUGUGAUGUGGAGUGUCGGCUACGUACUCUUCUAUGGUUUACCAAAGUAUUACAGACAAGCACCGGGCAAGAUUCCUUCCUUCUACACUUCCCUGUUCAGAAGGAAGAUCAUCAUCUGGUUCUUCGUCGUAAUCAUAAUCCAAAACUACUGGCUCUCGGCGCCAUACGGUCGCAACUGGCUCUACCUCUGGUCCUCCCAGCACGUCCCGGCCUGGUCCAUCGCCAUCCUGGUGGUCUUCUUCUUCAUCGGCGUCUGGGCCGCCCUCCUAUACGUCUUUGCCAUCCUCUCCACGUCUCACUCAUGGGUCUUGCCAAUCUUCGCCAUGGGUCUAGGCGCCCCGCGCUGGGCCCAGAUGCUUUGGGGAACAUCAAACAUCGGUCUCUACCUCCCCUGGGCCGGUGGCCCGGCUGCGUCGGCGAUCGCGGGCAGGAGUCUGUGGCUUUGGCUUGGUGUCCUGGACUCCGUGCAGGGAGUUGGGUUCGGCAUGAUACUCCUGCAGACCUUGACGCGCUUCCACGUCUUCUUCACGCUCAUCGCGGCACAAGUUCUCGGUUCCCUUGCUACUAUCCUAGCAAGAGCUACCGCACCCGAUAAGAUCGGCCCUGGCGACGUCUUUCCCGAUUUUUCGGCCGGCGCGAUGCCGGGACUCGGCAAAGCGUGGUUCUGGGUGGCACUGCUGAUGAACUUGGCGGUGCCGGUUGGAUUUUUCAUGUUUUUUAGGAAAGAGCAGUUGAGUAAGCCCUGA